UCUACUCUCCCGCGGCCUAAUAUCGUGUAAGCAAUCUUAGUUUCUAAUUAAUACAGAAGAAUGGAAAUCGAGGUUGAAAUAUUGUGAGAGGGUGGUGUAUCUAAAAGAACGUGAAGUCAUUAAAUAUUAACGUAAUACUGCAUCGCCAUCAUUUUUAAUAUACGAGUACCUACGUAAUAAUGCAAGAAAAUCAAAUGAGUUGAAACUUAUUGCCACAGGGAUACGGAAAAGAGCGUGUCAUUUACUAUCUUUCGCUUUGAAUCGCAUUAACAUUGCGGAGUUUAACUCACAUGUGCGAAUUAUUUGCAUUGCGUCCGUAGAAAACCGACGCCUUCCAAGCGCGUCGUGGCGCUACUCGCUUGCGCGUCGAAUUUCGUCGAAAAAAAGGGUUUCGAGAUAUAAAUCUGACGUGAAAACUGAUUGGCCGCUAGUUCACGAUCGACAACCGAACAGAGUUGACAAAAACGCGUCCCAAUGGCCUUAUCUGUGAUACAAAAGGAUAGUUAGCGGGAGUGCAAUUGAGACGUACUCGUUUAAAUUGUGUAGAUAUUAGGAAUCUAUUUAUAAAAUCAAAUAUAAAUAAACAUCCGACCGAGCAGAGUAGCAACUAGACGCGUUUCGUAUUCCAGAAGGCACUCGAAGAAAUAUGCCUUAAAUUGCCUUAUUUUGUUUCCGACAGGCUUACGCGAGAAUUUUAUUGAUUUUUGUACAACCCGAACGAUUAUUUUCACUUCUCCUAAUUCAAAUGAUACAACGAGAACAUGGGGUUUGUUUGCCGAUUAAUUAAAAUGCUGCACCGCCAUAGAUUCGCCCAAACGAAAAAAAGCGUAAAUUAUUGUGAGGUUAUGUAACGUUUGAAUUUGAUUUGAGGGGACGGUGCAGUUUUAUCGACGCAGUUUGGAGGUUAAUGUUGUUAUUAUGCCAGUACGACGCGGUCACGUGGCUCCCAGGACGACGUUAAUUGAAACGAUCAUCAGGAAGUUUGAUACGGACAAUCGGUCGUUUUUGGUGGCAAACAGUAGAAGUGGACAAUGUCAUAUCAUUUACUGUUCGGACGGCUUCUGUCGCCUGACUGGAUAUUCAAGGGCAGAAGUUAUGCAAAAAACGGCAUCCUGCGAAUUUCUCUGUGGUCCAUUAACAUCUCAGCAGUCUCUGAACGCCCUUAGAAUCGCUCUCGCUGAAGGCAACGAAAAACAUGCAGAAAUUUUAUAUUAUCGGAAAGACGGUUCCAAGUUCCUAUGCUCUGAAGUUAUAGCGCCUAUAAAAAGCGACGUUGAUGAUAUCAGCCUAAUUAUAAUAAACUUUGAGGACUUGACCGCGAAACCAACCGCGUCAUUGGAAACUAGUCCCAUCAGCAAAAAUCGGUUAAGCAAGUUUGAUCGCGCACGAGCAUCGUUUCGCCAGAGCUUACGGAUAGGGUCAAAUUUACGUGGACGCGGAUUCAGACUGGCAGGUUAUUUGACACCUCCUAGUGAUGUAACGGCGGCCGAGGAAGAGGCUGAUACCUUGGAGCAAUGUCCAUUAACAUCGAAUUCUCCAACUCCAAUUUUGGAACAAACGUGGGUAUCGAAAUCGGAAAACCUUUCUGGCACCAAACACACAACGAUCCCAAUUCCUCAACAGCACAAAGAUUAUACGGUACUAACGAUAUCGCAUAGCGCUCCCGCCAGCCAUCAGGCGUCAUUCGAGAAAGGAGAUAAUCACGAACGGGGAAAACCGCAAUUGGCAAUUAGGGCAAGCAUAGGAAACAAAGUAACCCACGCGACCAGCUUAGACGCGAUCGCGCGAAGGCAGUGCUUCAAAAGUGGAUAUCCUCCGCUAAGUUCACAAGCGAAACCGCAAGUUGUCAAUCAAUUUCCUAACGUCUCUUCCGAAAGUGACAUACAAAAGUAUCGUGCUACACAUUCCCAUGAUAGAAAAAGUCCAAGUUUGAGCAAUCCAACGGAUUCAACAAAACAGAAGUUUUCCAUUCAAGACAAUGGCUCCGCAAAAUACUUUCAAAGUGGCAUCCACACGCCGAAAAUGGGGGAGAAAGUCGCACAGGUGCUAUCUUUGGGAGCUGAUGUCUUACCGGAAUAUAAGUUGCAAAAUCCGAAGCUGCACAAUUGGACCAUUCUUCAUUAUUCGCCCUUUAAAGCCGCUUGGGAUUGGUUAAUACUGGUUCUUGUCCUAUAUACGGCGAUAUGCACGCCAUACGUGGCUGCCUUUCUGCUCAGCGAGUCAGACUACAACAACAAGAAGUCGAAGAAGUAUGGCGACGAUCCUAUCGUACUUAUAGAUUUGAUAGUUGAUGUGACGUUCAUCAUCGAUAUUUUAAUAAACUUCAGGACGACAUACGUAAGCGGAACUGAUGAGGUAGUCUCACACCCGGCCCGAAUAGCCGUACACUAUCUAAAAGGAUGGUUUUUAAUAGAUCUGGUAGCAGCGAUUCCGUUCGACCUGCUCUUAUUCGGAAGUGACACGGACGAGUUGGGCUUGGACAAAGACGAGGCGACGACCCUGAUAGGUUUAUUAAAAACGGCGAGAUUACUGCGUCUAGUACGCGUGGCUAGAAAAAUUGACCGCUACUCUGAGUACGGGGCGGCCGUUCUGCUGUUACUCAUGGGCACGUUUGUGCUGAUCGCACACUGGUUGGCAUGCAUUUGGUACGCUAUCGGAAAUGCGGAAAGACCAGCACUGCAUGCCAAAAUAGGAUGGUUAGACACUUUAGCUGACAACACGCAGCAGCAUUAUUACGCGAAUAAUACAGGCGGUCCCACAAUAAAAAGUAGAUACGUUACGGCCCUGUAUUUUACCUUCACCUCUUUGACUAGCGUCGGAUUUGGGAAUGUUGCUCCAAAUACGGAUGCCGAGAAAAUGUUUACCAUAUGCGUUAUGUUAGUUGGCUCCCUAAUGUAUGCCAGCAUAUUUGGAAACGUUUCGGCUAUAAUACAACGCUUAUACUCUGGAACAGCUCGAUAUCAUACCCAGAUGUUAAGGGUGCGAGAAUUCAUACGUUUCCAUCAAAUUCCGAAUCCACUACGACAACGCCUGGAGGAGUACUUCCAACAUGCGUGGACGUACACAAAUGGAAUCGAUAUGAAUUCGGUGCUCAAGGGAUUUCCAGAAUGCUUGCAAGCGGACAUAUGUUUACAUCUUAAUAGGAACCUGUUACAGAAUUGUUCCGUGUUUGACGGUGCAAGUCCGGGUUGUUUAAGGGCAUUAACUUUAAAAUUUAAAACAACCCACGCGCCACCUGGUGACACACUUGUGCAUAAGGGUGAUGUAUUGACGGCUCUUUAUUUUAUAUCCAGAGGCUCAAUAGAAAUUUUAAAUGAUGAUAUUGUGAUGGCCAUUUUAGGCAAAUUUGAUAUUUUUGGUGAGAAUCCAUGUGUUCAUUCCACUAUAGGAAAGUCCAGUUGUAAUGUUAGAGCGUUAACGUACUGUGAUCUACAUAAAAUCCACAGAGAAGAUUUACUCGACGUUCUGGAGUUGUAUCCGGAAUUUUAUAAUAAUUUCAUUAGUAACCUAGAGAUUACGUUUAAUUUAAGAGACGAAGAACAAGCGGGCGUCGUUCCAAAAGCUCGCUACUACCGCGGGAAUCACGAUAGGGAGAGUAGGUUCUUUCGUGGAUUUAACGCAAGAUCUAACGGUCAUUCCAGUAGAGGUACUUCGCUGGGUGGUAGGCAGGAGUCGCAAAACAGCGACGAGUCGGAAUCAGAGAAAUAUUAUUGUUCAGGUCACGGCAUUUUGGAGUUCACUACGGAGAAGGCGGGCCAAGAUGUGACGCCGAUGAACUUGGACUACGAGGAGAAGAAGAGAUCGACCACUCUAAACUCAAUCACUGGCAUGUUUUCUCAACUUAAACGAAGUAUACCAGAUCUAAGGUCACACAAAAGCAUGCACCAGCCUCUUAUAGCUACGACGGCGUCACCAACAACCAACCGUAUCCGAACGAUACGCCGGCAAUCUUCAGUAGGAGUUUGCCAAGAUAACGCCACCACAACAUCCACGCACCAGCAAACAGCUGCUACUAACACAGCUCCAAUUCCGAUAUCAAGUAGUACCAGUUACUACACCAACAGUCCGAGUCCACCACAAACUGGGGGAGAGGCCUCGGGCCAUUCUCAGGACAAAAGUCCCCAAGAGCAAAUCUAUGACUUAUCGCAAAGAUUAGAACAAGCGUUGACUCAGCAACCACCUAUUGUGGUUGAAGAAUAUAUUACACAAAGGACUGACAUAGCUUUAGGAAACACGGAUCAAACUGAUAACAUCAGCACUACGCCUUCUAUAGAUAAUGCAAGAUUUGUUGCACAAUCCUCUUAUCAACAUUCCACAUUAGAUUCACAUUUAUUAGUCUUAAGUAGGAACCAAUUCGAUCAUAUUAACAAUAAAUUAGACGUACUUACGCGAAGAGUUCAAUCCUUAGAGCAAAAUUUAGCUAGCGACGUUAAGGUUAUCUUAAAUUUAUUGCAAGCACAAUUCGGAUCCAAGAACAGCACAGAUAAGCAAGAGAUUCCUGACUAUGAAAACGUGCCUUCUGAUAUUGGUAAAAAUAGGUACACGUUUCAGCGAUCAGUCAGCGAACCAAAACCAAUUUCAUCAAGGAUGCAACAUUCCCAAGCUUUACACAGAUUUGCUUCGUUUAAUAAAGCGUUCGAUUUCGAUAAGAUUCAAGAUCCGUGGGUCGAUAUUUCGCAUCGGGAAACCGAAAAGGAGGAGAGAUCAGCCCCGAUAGCCAAACUGGAAUCGCUAGACGAGCUCGAUUUGGAAUCCCCUUCGUACAGUCCAACAAAAAAGUCCAAAUGUUGAGGAGACCAGUUUCGUCAGCGGUACUGCGCGGGAGCGUUCCGCAACAAGGAAGCAUUAUUGCUAUCUUCAGCUUUCAAAACUGUUGUUCUAAGUGAUAAGCGCGACAGUCAGAUUUUUGUACAUAAUGCCACAGUUUUUAAAUUCGUGACAAGACCCAUCCAUUUUUGAGGUUCUGAUCAUUUUUAAUGCGUACGGAACGUUAUGUAGAAACAAUUUGACUUGUAGAUCUUAGCCAUGAGUAAAUUUUAUAUACGUAUAUCUCUAGCUUAUAAAUCCACUUUGCUGCACUUUUACUGUCAUGCCUUCGCUAUUUGCAAGAUUGUCUCUGUACAAUUGAAUACCGAUAACGAUAACGUUUAAUGUUAGGUAUAUAAGCCAUAAGAAAACGAUACGUGGUAGGUAUGGUGAACAAAAAUAUCUGGUACAUGGCUAAGAACUGCAACACAAUCCGUCUCCAUUGUUUAUAAAGUUGGUGUAAUCAUAAGUAAAACAGCAACUUUUCAUUAAUUUUGAGGAAUCUCUUCGUUAAGCUUUUUUGCACCUUGUUAAUGAUUGGCGCAUAAUUAAAAAAUGAAAAACUAUUAUACAAAUUUUGUAAGCACAAUCUAUGUUUAUACACAAUUUACCAGAUUUUUAAUAUGUACCCAAUAACGAUAAUAAAAAAAUGUUUAAUACUCGUAAAUACAUAUACAUGAUACAACUCAAAUGGUACAAAAUAUUGCUAAAUGCAAAGUAUGGCACCCACAGUACUGUUGGCUAAAUGUUUUAUAAUUAUUUACGCAAAUGUCAUUAUUUGUAAUUUAAUAUAAUUAGAUUCGUUUCAGGUUUGUAUAAAACUAAAAUUUGCAAUUGUUAUACCUACCUAUGUACAAAUACAAAAAAAAGAAGAAAAUAUGACAAACUUUAGAACAGAUUCGGUUGAAAUAAUUGUAAAAACACUAAAAAAGUAGGCGAAUGGCGAAUGAAUGUAAAUAAAAGCAAGACGUAUAGCUAAACCCAAACAUUAGGUACUGUGAAACACGGACAGAACGGAAAACGUGUACCUACAUUAGAAAAUAUACACAGUGUAAUGUAAAAAAGUUGCGCUUAGGUAAGGAAGACUCUUAAGUGAUAAAGUCAAGGGCUUGUUUACCAGUGGAGAAGUCGUCUAGAAAAGGUCAAUAGUGUAUCGGAGAUUACCUUAAAAGAUCUUCAAUCGGAAUUAAGGCGUCUUUCUGCUAAAAUUGAUGUUUUGGAAACACAGAAUUUAAAUCUCAAAAAAGUGAAUUUGCAAGCGUAGGUACUUAUGAUAUAGACCGCAAUGAACAGUAUUCACGAAGAAACUGUUUAAAGAUGUUUGGCAUACAAAAACAUAUGAGAUGCUGUUGCAUUUAUUUCAAACAACUGUGAAGUUACAGGUAUCGGCUUGUGACAUGGAUAGAUCGCACCGUAUUUAUAUAUAUGACAAUGGUUGCCAUGGAUUUUAAGCUACGCUUAAACUAAGCUCCGUUUAAAUUUGUCGGUGCAAACGGCCAUAAUCGUGACAAAUGCAUUUAAAAAUAAGAAGAUAUUGAAAGAUACGGGGAUCACUUUAAUAGAAAAUUUAACUUUGAAGCGCCGAAAAGUACUACGGGAAGCAGUCAAUCGAUUCCAUUAUAAAAAUGUCCGGUGGUCAAUGACGGUAAAAUUGGUAUAAUCACAACAAUAAAAUCUAUGUGGCAACGACAAAAGAAGUCAAAGAAGAGUUUGUGGGAAUACUAACAUAAUUAUUUAGCACUUACGA